AUGGGAGCAUUAUCAACUCUUGAAGAUGUUGAAUCAUCAAGAAUUAAGUUAUUCGAACAGUUUUCAAUAAAAAUAGAACCAUCAAUACAAAAAGUGGUAGAUUUAGUUGGUACAUUUUUCAGUAAGACUGACGUAGAGGAAUCAGAUUUGUCGACAACGGUUCGGUUUACACUUUUUAGGGCAUGGAUUUGUCAAACAUCUUCAUCUAUGACAAGUGAAGGUUCAAUUAUAUUUGAAGAUGGUACUUGUUUUACAAGAAAACAACUUGAAUUUUUGUUCAUUAACCCUGACUUUGUUGAUGCAAUGAUCGAAUUUUCAUUGUCAUUACAAGUAUUAUCUAAAGCUGCAUUGGAUAUGUUUCGUACUGCUGUGGUAUUGAAACAUUUACAUCAUUAUAUUCCUGAAGAAGCAAGAACAUUUGAUCGUGUAUAUGAAGAUUUCAAAGUAGAGAUAACAAAACAUCAUGAAAGUACAAAUGAUAAACCACCACUUUUUGACAUGUUACAAAAGAUAUCAGAAUUAAAUGAACUUGAUUGUCGAUACCAAUAUAUACGCAAUUGGUUCCGAAAACGUUGGACUAAGAUAAAAAUUUCAACAUUUUUUUCUGAAAAUUUUGGAAUUGCAAGCCCUGUGUCAAUGUAUGAAAAUCCAGAGGGAGUAUCAGCGGUUGCUGAAAUUGUUGAAUUUCAAAAAAUUCAAUUAUGGAAAAAAAUGGACUAUAUAUAUACAUUAGGAAUUAAGGUUGUAGUACAUACUAUUCGUAAAUAUCUUGGCCCAUUAAACAGGGAAGAUACAAUACGUCUUCUUAAAGUUGGUCUUAUUAAGGUAUGGAUUUGUCAAUAUACACCGCUAAUAACUGAAAACUCAUUUGCAGUAGGUAAUAAUGGUUUUUCACGAGAACAACUUGAUAUCAUAUAUGGAACUGAUUUCGUUGAUGCAUGGAUUAAAUUUACAUUGUCGCUAGAACCAUUUGAAUUGUCUUCAGAUGAAACGGAAUUAAUUGGUGUAAUUGCUUUAUUUAGCCCGACACCUGGUCUAAUAGAUCCUGAAACUGUACGAAAAAUACAAGAUCGCGAAAUUGAAAAUUUCAAUAAAAAUGUCAAUCAUGAAGAACCUGAAAUGGAACAACUAAAAUUUUAA